AUGUUGGGUGUCCUGUCUGUGCUUCUCUUAUAUAUUUGUAGUCCAGCGGGCUGCGUUUUUCAGAAACUUUACUGCACCAUAUCAGACAGCUGCGACUGCGACUUUAAGCCUAAUAUCCGAGACUUGGAGUGGGACCUCUAUAAGAAUGUCUUCGGUCAACAUCUGGUUCAGGACAUCGUGUCAGAGGAAGUGGCAAAGUUCCUUCAGAAUAAAAGCCCUGAUCAACCCUUAGUGCUGUCCUUCCAUGGUUCCUCCGGAACAGGAAAGACGCUGGUUAGUUCCAUGCUGGGAAAUCAUCUAUAUGGCUCGGCUAUGAGCAGCCCAUUUGUCCACCAGUUUGUCCCUACACUUCACUUCCCCUCACUGAAGCGGGUCAAUCGGUACAAGAAAGAGUUAAAGAGUUGGGUUCAGGGAAACCUGACGGAGUGCGCUCGCUCCGUCUUCAUUUUUGAUGAGAUGGAGAAGAUGCCUCCAGGUGUCAUCGAUGUGUUGGAGCCCUUUUUGGGUUCCUCCCAUGUUGUGUUUCGCACCAACUAUCGCAAGGCCAUCUACAUCUUUAUAAGCACCACAGGAGAGGAGGUGAUAAACAAAGUGGCUCUAGAAAACCGACAGGCUGGAGGAGAAAGAGAUGAGAUCAAGUUGGCUGAUCUGGAGGACGCCAUCGCACAGGCGGCUUACAACGACAACACAAGUGGAUUCUUUAAAUCCAGCAUCAUCGAGCAGAAGCUCAUCACCCAUUUCGUUCCCUUCCUGCCUCUGACCCGGAGCCACGUCGAGCGCUGUGUGCGCUCGCAGCUCUGCCAGCGAGGCAGCUGCGGCCGCAGCGAUGUGGUUGAGGCGGUCGGGCGUAACAUGAUCUACUCUCCAGUUCAGGGACAGUACUUCUCAACCACUGGCUGUAAGGCCGUCUCUGCCAAAAUCAACAUCUUCCUGUGA